AUUGCAAAAAAAAAGGAUUGGUAUUGGUGAGCUCAUCUCUGCGUAUAAUUUAUUGAAAAAAAGGUUGAACGAUGUUUAUGGUAACUUCAGUUUUAUCGAUGGCAGAUUCUAUUAGUCCACCACGAAAUUUUUCCAGUAUCUUAUCACAACCACAGUCGUUGGCACCUAUUGUGAAGAGUGUGCCCAAGCCGAAUGUUAUUGAAGGGAUCCCCGAUGGGAUAUUGGCGUUGAUUGCCCCAAUCAUUGCUUAUUGGACCUACUCGACUUUCUUCCAUCUUAUUGAUGUUUAUGAGUUGGCAGAAAAGUAUCGGAUCCAUCCAAGUGAGGAGGAGCUUCUGAGAAAUAAGGCAUCGUUAUCCGAAGUGGUACAGGAUGUUAUUUUACAACAUGUAAUCCAGACCAUUGUUGGUUAUGCGGUAUAUAAGAUUGAUCCUACUCCUACUACUGGCCAUGAAUUGUAUCAAAUGUGGUAUUUGAAAAACAAUGUUUUCCCAUCUUUUGUUCCUGAUCAAGUGGUUUGGUUUUCUUAUAUGUACUUAUGGUCGGCUUUCCGUUUAGUUAUUGCCAUUUGUAUCAUUGAUUCCUGGCAGUAUUGGUUACAUCGUUUGAUGCAUGUUAAUAAAAAGCUUUAUCGUAGAUUUCAUUCAAGACAUCAUCGUUUAUACGUUCCUUAUGCUUACGGGGCUUUAUAUAAUGAUCCGGUCGAAGGCUUUUUACUUGAUACUUUAGGAACCGGGGUGGCAAGUAUAGUGACUUGUUUAUCUCCUCGGGAAUCAAUCCUUUUAUAUACUUUUGCCACCAUGAAAACAGUCGAUGACCAUUGUGGUUAUAAGUUACCCUUUGACUUAUUUCAAAUCAUUUUCCCAAAUAACUCAAUUUAUCAUGAUAUUCAUCAUCAAGCUUGGGGUAUCAAGCAUAAUUUUUCUCAACCCUUCUUCACCAUUUGGGAUAGGUUUAAUAAAACCGAAUACGAAUUUGUUGAUGAGUAUAAAUCAAAACAAGCUCAAAUCACUUUGGAAAAAUAUAAAGAAUUUUUGGCUAAAAAAAAAUAUAGAAAAUCACCAACUUCGGAUGUUUCUAAAAAAGAUCAAUAACUUUACUACGUCUUAUGUCUUUGUCACGAUUUAAUUUUGCCCUUAUUUAAUUCUAUCUUAAUUACUUGUGUUUAUUUUUGUUAUUUCUAUUUUAAUGGCGUA